AUGGCUAGUUACUUAUAUGUCCUCGUGCAAUUCUGGGAUGAUCCUGCUGCAAAACCGUCUGCUGAAGCAUGGAAUACCUGGAAAACUACAUUUACAGACUAUUUGGAUCUACUGUGUGUAUUUAACCCGGCGGUGCAGCUAAACAAGAAUGACAAAAUCAAAUUACUCCGACAGCUGUUUGACACACUUGAUCUGGAAGUCAAAUCAAGUCAACAAACCAUUUUUCAUGAACUGAUAACAAUGGACACCGCACAACUGACUUGGGAACAUGUAUGUGACACUGCUAGAGCAAAAUGGGAUUUAAAACGGCAACUGGAAAUUUCCCGUUCUGAUUCUCAGACUACUGUAUCCCGGAUAGACGUGUGCCACCCUAACAGGAAUACUACAAACAAUCAUGGAUGUUUCCGCUGCGGAAGUAAACAGCAUAGAGCUGAUUAUACAAACUGUCCAGCAUUACCAUCAAUGUGUUUCUUCUGCAACAAAUUCGGCCACUUUGCUCGUGUGUGUCGCUUGCAUUCUCCAUCUAACUACAGUAGAUGUACUGUUGGACCUACAAGCAGGUUUCAACCUGAUUGCUUGAAUGAGAUUUCUCUUCAAUCCGGUGGAAAGGAGAAAAUCGACAAAAAUGACGUCAUUUCUUCCAUACAAGCCAUACGUUGUAACAUUUCAUCAAAAAAUUCCGUUUAUCAGGAAUCAGCUUCUAUUGAUCCAGCCGCGUUACGGAUUUCUUCCGAAAAGGAGAGGUGA